CGAUACACAUACCUCCGCCAUUUGCAAUGGUGACAUACACGAUGGAUUUAUCGUUGUGAUAGGGAAAUAUACAGGUUUGCAGAGCAACGAAUUAUACCGGGAUAGUAAAACGGUAAGACAAGACCAUCAUGACCUUUGCUGUCGCUCUGACUUUCGUAGCUGUCCUAGGACUAGGUACAGCAAGUAUAUUAAAGGUUGAACAGAAGGCAUUAGAAGAUGAAACUGAUCUCGUUUUUAACCUGCUGUCGAAAUCUGUUAUACCAGAACGAUACAAUCCUGCAAGUUUUUUCAAGAAAAGGGAAAGCAACAGUUCUAAAGUGACGGCCUUUCAGUGGAUGGACUGUGGAGGAAUGGGAGCACACAUCAAAAGUUUAUCUCUCUCUCCCGAUCCCCUUAAAUUUCCCGGAACUAUGACGAUUGGGGCUUCAGCAAUCAUCAGCACGAAACUCGACUCCCCACUUCAGGCAAAUGUGACUAUUGAGAAGAAGGUAGGCUCUACUUAUGUCAAGAUUCCCUGUAUUGACGAUUUCGGCUCCUGUGUGUACGACGACCUUUGUGACAUCCUGGAUGGGGCGACAUGUCCUGAUGUAUUAACAAAGAAUGGCAUCAACUGCAACUGUCCGUUUGAUGUGAAAACCUACACGCUGCCUCCCUCUCCGUUUGAUGCAGGGUCCCUCUACUUCCCCUCCGGUGAUUACCAUGCCAGAGGAGAACUUAGGAGCAAUGGCAAAUUCAUGGCCUGUCUUGAUAUCCACCUCUCAAUCGCCACGAACUAGGUAAUCAGCAUACCCUACUACACCUAGUAUACCAACUAGUUGUUCAUUACGCUAUGAAACAAACAUUGCAAAUCAGGAAAAAUAUCGAAAAAUAUUAAUGAUUCAUGUACAUUUUUUAGUGCGUUUGUAUUAAAACAGUGAUAAACA